UCAGGGAUUCUGUGAUUUAUGGCUGCCGUAAAAACUUCCAACGGUGGUGAACAUUUCAGUGUGGAGAGACUCAAGGAAUGGCCGGAGCCGGAGUCUGUGUCUUUAAUGGAGAUAUUAGCUAGAGAAGACAUCGAUGAAGCUGUGUAUGCAAUAUUAUUCAGAGAAAACUACAUUGUGAAGAGACUGGAUACUUAUUUCCAGCAUGAGGCUGAUUUUAAGGAAAGAAGAAGAGAAAUGUUACAUAGAAGAUGGGUUGAAAAUGUAGCAAAGCCUCUUCAACAGAGAGUUAUAGAAAAAGUAAUUUCAUAUAGAAGACCUGGAAAAAGUGAAGUGAAAUUUGAAUACUGUGCAAAGCACACAGAUAAACCGACCAAAGCCUCUCCACCAUGUGAGUGUCUGUUUCGAAGACAGCAAGAGCUCCGAGAAAUAAAGGGGUCCAGCUACCAACAGAGCGCAGGGAAACAGAACGACACACAGAAAGAACACACUAAAGAAACCAGGAAGGCACCCCACUUCGGCAGAUCACCCCAGUUCAUGCAUGCUUCCCAUGGCAUUGUUCCCAAAGAGAGGCAGAGAGCUCCUCCCCGGACUGCUUGGAACAAGCCCAGCACCUACAGUUUUGAAAAGCCUGUCUGUAAAUCAAAGUCAUAUCUGCCUCAGGAAGAAGAGACCCCCAACCUAAGCCAGCUUGCCUUUGAAAGGCAGUUCCGUUCCUCUAAGCUCAGGCCGGAGAACAAAGAGAUUGAGAAGUGUCUGGUUUCAGGGACCCAACCCCCGAGACCGCGCUCCUGGGCGGCCGCAGACAGCCGCCACCGGCAGGCGGCCCCGGCCGUGGGAAGACGAGUGAUGACGGCGGAGCUCCUGGGCAAGCAUCUGGCCUCCCUGCAGGGGGCGGCCAGGUCCGGCCUGCAGUGGUCCUAGAGCUGCCGGCCCUCCCACUGCGCACACACACACACACCGCUGCACACACACACACCACCCAGAACGCAGCGUUUCUCUAGGUUGGAAGCGGGUGCAAGAACUAUCUGAGUAACAGCAGUCAGUUUUUUUCAAGCUCCGGCUGUGAACUAGGAAGUGUGUGUGUGGUGUUUCCGUUUCCCUGAAACACUAGCCGCAAAACAGCUUUACCAUCUCCCAGUACUUGGUGCUCCAGGGGCUCGGUGUCUGGCCCGGGGCUUCAUUCAAGUUCGGUCCUGCUCACACUCCAGGGUGCUCUGUCCUCACAGAUACUCAGGCAGGCGAGUAGGGGACGUCAAAUGAGGAUCCAGGAUCCUGUAGGAUGCCCGGCCACUGCAUGCCGCCUCCAGGGGGGCGCUGAAGGGGUUUGAUGGGGCCUCCUCACCAAGGGGAGGCGUCUUGUUGUUUGAGGGCUACGGGCUUCCUGGAUGGGGGGAGUCUCCUCUCACCCUCCAGAAACUUGGGCUCACAUUUCCGUGGGGACGACAGCCGCACUUCCUCAGGGGCAGUUCUGGGUCACUAGGUAGAAAAGACAACUGGAGCUGCUGCUGGCUGUACCCUCUCUGGUCACCAAAGCCACAUGACUCCGAUCCCGAGGGCUCCUGUGUCCCAGAUCUGACCACGGUGUCCGGACUGUUGAGAGACAGGGACCUGAUGGUGGCCACGCUUCAGUGAGCAUUGAGGUCCCCACAGCCCCGGGAAAGAGUAUGGUUGUUGAGCAGCUUUAAAGCUGCCGGAUUGCCACCGAGUGUCAUGCUCCACGCAUGGGCUGUCGGCGGCAACUCUUGCCGACUUCACCGCCACCCUGCUUCAGCACCAACCAGACAUGCUCCCUGAGCCAGGGGAGCCGCAGCCGGCUUGCUCAGCAGGCUGGGCCUGGUCCUUCAAAGCUUCCUGUAGAUAAGCAGGAUGCUGCUCGCUUCCGUUUUAUGUACCAAGUGACAGCACUUCUCUGUUUUAACCAGGGGGUGUGUGGGGGCAGUAUCUGGAGGGAGUAAGGGGCACGUCUUUAAAAUUUCAGUACUCAGUGUUUUCCAAGUGAUUCUUUGUCAACAAAAAUGGGGAGAAGGGAAAGAGCCCUAAGCCCCUCCUGGUUACUCCAGCUGCUUGGAAAAAGAUCUGUCACCUUAGCUGUUCAAGUGAUUCUUUCCAAGGGUGAGCCUCUACUCUGUUACCUUCACUGGAGGAGUUUGUGUUCAAAAUCUUGGCUAACUAUUUGAAAAUUUUCAUAUUUCAGUGUUCAAAAGCCAAAUAAGCAGUGUGGCUAUGGCUGUGACAGGGCAGGGGACAGGAAGUGUCGGGGCUCCUGGAGCUGCAGGGCAACUGAUCUGCAGAUAGUCCUGACCUUUGCCCUUCACCCUUCCUUGUAUGUGUCGUCCACCCCUCCACCCCCGUCGGUUCAAGCAUAGUUCCCGCGCAGUUUACCCACCCACAAUAGUCACCAGUGAAAUCAAGCCCCAGAACCCUGUCAGAUGCUCAAAAGGCCCUGGGCAAACUGGCAGUAGAGU